AUGGUGGAUAUGCCACCAAACCAGGCACCCCGCAGCAUCGGGCACGAUGAGGAACUUCCUCGAACAGUAAUGGAGCUCUGCAAUUUGAUCCAGGAUGCCCAGCUUCAAUGUCAAGAACGAUACCUACCACAUCGACAAAAUGGAGGCAAGCGAUUCUCAGCCUCCACAGCCCCUGCAGAGGUCGUUCUAGCUCUUCGGGUCGUACAUCCUAGGAUCCAACCCGGCCGUGAAGCCGCAGGAGCCCUCAUAGAGGCCGGCUGUUUCUUCAAGAGCCUGAAUCUCAAGGAAGCAAGAUCCAUCUUGGCAAAGGAUCGUGCCUUUGCCUUCUUUGUCAAGCAACUGAGUCCGAAAGAGCCCCGGACCCCACCCCAGAAUAUCAUUCUUACCUGCGACGAGCCCACCCUCGGUCAAACAACUGGCCCCUUUGCGACCCUCAUCGGUUACCAUGACUUCAUAAAGAGGCAGAAGUAUGGCGAGCCUCAGGAGCGGCCCAGGGUGGUCCGUCCUCAGGCCCCGGAGAAGCCCAGCGCCCGGAGGGCAUUUGGAGAGGAUGGCCUUGACCGCAACGAUAGCGGUCAUGAUAACCGAGCCUUUCGAGGAAGCGAUGAGCCCCAUGCUGAGACCGAGGCCGGUGAGGUGGAGAAGAGGCCCGCCCCAGAGACGAUUGUCGUCGAGUUCCUCGCGGGCCUCUGCGGCGCCAUCGCCGUCCAGCUACAGCCCACAUUUGGUAUCCCUCGUUACAUUGGCGUCCCCUUUGAGCAGACCUUCCGUUUUGGCGACUUCGGAACCGGGUCCCAGGAGUACGAAUGCGGAGUGCGGAUUGAUGGUCAGCUGUGCAGGCACCUGCUCGACGUGCCGAAGCUUGGGUCCAGGCUAUGCGUCUUCUUCGAAGCCAAGCGCGACCGAGACCCGCCUAAAGGUCGCUGGGCCACUUACACGCAGCAGGCGCUCGAACACGCCGCUAUUAUCUGGGCGCGGCACUUCGACCAAGAGAGCGGCACCAUGGCCUUGAAUCCUGUGCAGUGGACCCGAAUGACGAAAUGGAUACUGUAA